AUGGCGAGAACAAGAGAAGAAAAAAGCUAUCGAGGAAAAAGGAGUUUUCUAUUGCGUGAUGAAGAUCCUGAAAAUGAAUACAAUUUGAAAAAUGAGGAAGGCACUGGUGGUGGUUCUGAUGACGAGGAGCCUAAGAAGACUCGAGGACCAACUUAUAUGAGACAUAUUUGGGGUAGACAUGGUACUAACAAGCGAAUUAAAGUGAAAUUCAAUAGACUUGGUGAGCCAAUAAGUACAAAUAGAAGCAAAUUCAAUAAAUUUUUGGGAGCAUUGGCAAGAAUUGAAAAAUAUGCACCUUUUGACGUUGAUAGUUGGCGUAAGGUUCCCAAGUCUUUAAAGAAUGACAUGAUAAAUGUAGUAAAGGAAAAAUUUGAUCUUCCUAUUGGCAUAGAAGAACGAGUUAAGGAAUCAUUAGGAAAGAAACGGAGAAGCUGGAAGCAUGCUCUCAAAAGAGCUUAUUUCAAUCCAAAUGAGUCAAUUGAAAGUCAGAAAAUAUCUGCAACAAACAAGGAGCACCGAGGGAAGAAAAAGAUGAAUCCUAGUGCAAGGAAAAAGCUAUUUACUCAAGUUCGAGUAGAUAAGGAAAAAGAGGUUGGGCAUUCUCUCUCUAGAGCAUAUAUGUGCACCAUAUGCUACACUAAUUCUAAUGGGGUGCCAUCUAGUUAUGAAGUUGGGGAAAAAAUGGUUGGGGAUAAAGUUACAAUAAGAAGCAUGGUUGAUUCAAACAAAAUUUGUGCUGUUGGAGUGGUUAGAAAUUUGGAUCCAACUGCUGAAGUUGGUGACACACCUUUGGGAUCACAUUGGUGUGAAAUCCAUGUGAAUGUGCUUGUGGAGAAUGAUGAAGAGCUAAUGAGGCCAUACCAUAAUUUUCUCAAGAUUGGAGAUGCAAUUGGAGUAGCUAUUCCUUGGCCAAUAAACCUAGUGAAUAUUGAAGAAAACUAA